AUGGCCACCAAGACAUUGGAAUCUCGCUUCGAACACCUCAGUGUCAACGACGAAAAUGAGGCACCCACGACAACAAUGCUCAAAUCAAAGAGCGCUGGUCCGGGAGUAUUACCAACCGUUUCCUCAACUCAAUCCCGGACAAAUCUUGUCAAGUAUCCUCUCCAAGUCACCACAGAAUCGAAACAGAACACUGCCUCAAUCGCAACAAUAACAACCACAACAACUGUCCCGACCCAUCCACCUUCGCCAGUGCGGGUAGCCCUCCAGGCUGCCCGAGAAUCUGGUGAGAGCGAUGACUCCAUACGCAAUAGAUCCGCCCCCAAAUUCUUCUUUGACCAGCCACAAGCACCCAAACAAUUCCACCUUGGGAUGUUUGAGAUCGGAAAACCGCUCGGGUUCGUGUGCGCUCUCAAGGUCCUUCACAAAUCCGAGCUGCAACAAGGCAAGGUGGAGAAGCAAGUUCGAAGAGAAAUCGAGAUUCAGUCAAACCUCAGACAUCCGAAUAUUCUGAGACUCUUUGGUCAUUUUCACGACAGCAAGCGAGUGUUCCUCAUCCUCGAAUUCGCGGGCAAGGGAGAGCUGUAUAAGCAUCUCCGAAAAGAAGGUCGAUUCCCGGAGUGGAAAGCCGCACAAUACAUUGCUCAGAUGGCCGCCGCCCUCAAGUAUCUGCACAAAAAGCAUGUCAUGCACAGAGACAUCAAGCCCGAAAACAUUCUGGUCGGCAUCCAUGGAGAGAUCAAGAUUUCAGACUUCGGCUGGUCAGUGCACGCUCCAAACAACCGAAGACAAACAAUGUGCGGCACAUUAGAUUACCUGCCUCCGGAGAUGCUUAAGCCUGGAAGCUCCGACAAUUUCUACAAUGAAAAGGUCGAUCUAUGGAGCUUAGGUGUUUUGACGUAUGAGUUCCUGGUUGGAGAAGCGCCCUUUGAGGACACGACGAUCAUGACACAGCGAAGGAUUGCACGAUGCGACAUGACGGUUCCCAGCUUUGUCAGUCCUGAAGCCAAGGACCUCAUCAUGCGACUCUUGGUCCUUGACCCCGAGAAGCGAAUUCCACUUGAUGAUGUACUCCGACAUCCGUGGGUUGUCAAGCACUGUAUAACAAAGGGUGGCGAACGAGGCUUUCAGAGAGCAUCUGGGAGUAGCAAGGAUAGAGACUCGAGCUCCGAUUCAUGA